GCGUCUGGUGUCCGAGGAAGAGGAGGAGGAGGAGGAGGAGGAGAAAGUCCCGGUACGCGCGUCCUCGCAGCUUUCCUUUUUGCCGUCAAUCUUACAAGCAGUCGGGUGCCGCCGGAGUGCCCGGGGCCGUGGACCUAUAUUUUCUCCCGGGAAUCGGACAAAUUGGACACCCAACGAACUCUUCCAGAGGAUGUUCUUCUUUCUGCUCCCUGUCGUGGCUCUCUUGCUGAGCAGAGAAACGACGGUCUCCGGUAACAGUAACGACAAAUGGCUGAGCACCGUGGCUCAGUACAACAAGGACAGACCCUGGAACAGAUUCAGAGAUGAAGCGGAGGACGACUACUUCAAAAGCUGGGCUCCCGCCAAGUCUCUGGACCAAGAACGAGAGGCCGAACCUGGCAGAUAUGGAGACCCAGGAACUAAAGCUCACUCCAGCUCAGCCAAGAAGACAGUACAGGAUGGCCCAGACGCCACCAAGGACCCCUGUCUGAAGGUGCGCUGCCCUCCUCACAAGGUGUGUGUCAGCCAUGAUUACCAGACAGCCGUCUGCACCAAUCACAAGCAGCCAACUCACAGUGUGAAACCAAGAAAAGGCAGUGCAGGCCACAAGCACAGGCUUGAAGCUGGUGCUCAUGGGAAAUGUAGGAUCUGCUCAGGGCUCCAGACAACUCCUUUGUGUGGAUCUGAUGGACACACCUACUCCUCCAGGUGUAAGUUGGAGUUCCAGAGCUGCCUGUCUGGGAAGACGAUCUCAGUAAAAUGUGACGGGCUGUGUCCCUGUUUGCCUGGUCAGGACCUCAGCAAACCACCACAUAAGACUGAAAAGGCCGCCUGCACUGACACAGAGCUCCACAGUCUGGCUGCCAGACUAAAGGACUGGUUCGGAGUGCUCCACCUCGACGACAGAGACCUCAAAUCCUCUGACAGCUUUGACUCCGCACUGGACGACUUUGACACCAGCAUCUUGCCCAUCUGUAAGGACUCACUGGCUGGUGUUCACAAGCUUGACAUGAACUUUGACCUCCUGCUGGACCAAUCGGAGCUGAGUGCCAUUUUGACAAAGUAUGAGCUGUGCAUGAAGCCCCUCUUCAACUCCUGUGACUCCUAGGACGGCAAGCUGUCUAACAACGAGUGGUGCUACUGCUUCCAGAAACCUGACGGGACUACCUGCCAAGCUGAGAAGACCAGGAUCCAGAAUCAGAGUCGAAGGAAGAGCCUCAUAGGCUCUUAUAUUCCCCGUUGUACCGAGGAGGGCUACUUCAAACCGACCCAGUGUCACGGCAGUACCGGCCAGUGUUGGUGUGUGGACAAAUAUGGCAACGAGAUCGCUGGCUCCAGAAAACAAGGCAACCCUAACUGCGAUGAGGACCAGGAGACAUCGGGGGAUUUUGGCAGCGGCGGCGCCGUCAUUCUCCUCGACGACCAGGAGGAGGAGCCAUCACAGAGCGGGCGGAGCCGGCAGAAGAAGAGACGGGGCCGGAUUCACCCCAGAGGAGCCAUCGAGGACGACGAGGACGAGGACGACGACAAGGAUGACGAGAUUGGCUACGUUUGGUAGCUCCGCUCCAUUUUAUUCUGCCAUCAGCCGACCAGGAAACUCAGCACAGAUCUGAAGCCAUUCCAAUGUCUCUUCCUCCUCCAGUUACUUUGGCAGCAGCAGUCCACCUUUUGGCUCCUGAACUUGCUCUUGUGAUCCCUGUCCCUUAUCCAUAUCUCUCUCUUCAGUGAACCUCAUCCGAUCUCUUCAUUUUCAAGUGUUUCGCUCUUUCCUCAGACGGAAAACAGAGAACCUAUUAUUCAACAACAACUGUCAAGCUGUCCACUUUCUGCCUCUACCUUCACCCAAACCUGAUCUUUAACCUCUUCUAUCAUGGACUCACUUCUCUAUUUCCUCUAUAACUCCCUCUAUCUCUAUCUCUGUAUGUCCAUGUCAGAGCCUCUGGUCAGUCUGUGAGCCCAGAUACAUUAGCUGAUGUACUGGAUGUAAAUAUGUUUCCUCCAGGAAGGCCAGAUUGUGGAUUAAACCCUCCCUGUACUUCCAUCAGCGGUUUCAUUCUCAUGUUCUGUGUUCCACCGUCGGGGCUCCUUCCAGUGUUCAAAGAUGUUCCCACACCACGUUCCCCGGCUCUGAGAUGCUCCCUCACCCUCUCUGUUAUUUCACGGAGGAUUGUAAAUUAUUUACUCGUUGAUCUUGAAUGUCCCAGAAAGCCCAGGAAGCAAUGAGAUUAAUGAUGUAUUGUCGUUGUUGUUGCAUGUUUCUCAUCGUGUUUCUGUAAAAGAGAGAUUUACCUGGCCAGGUCUAAGCUCUAUGCAUCUCAAACAGAAAGUGAUGCCUAUUUGGCUGCUACAAUACUUUGUUGCUAUGUCGAUGCUGUCUAGUGUCUUUUUGGUUCUUCUCCCAAUCUCAGGAGGUAGGAAGUUGCAUUGCAGAGCGAUAGCAGUGUAGAAAAGCGAACUGCGAGGGCCUACAGUCCAAAUCUGCGGCGUUUCAGCCAGCUAUUCUUUUACUAAUUGGUGAGUAGGGCUUCUGAGGCUGUUUGGCUGUGCAUAUAUAGACACUAGAGGAAGAAGCUGCUCCUGAGCUGGGAGGACACAUGAAGUUCGGGCGAGCAGAGACGAGGCUCUGUUCUGCCACCCAACACUGGAUAUGUUCGUGAUUUAAAAAUUGAAAUCCUCACAAUGUCAACUAAGUGAACUUUUAUUUGUAACUUUGAAAAUUUAAGUAAAGUGACACUUUGGGUGUCUUUUGAACCUUA